CAUGGGGCAUAGACAAACAAAACGCCGGCCUUUCCGCUGAAGCGUCUUGUUGUUUCAACGCGGAAUAUUGGUAAAUGAUGGCUGCAAAUAAUUAUUUUGGGUUCACUCACGGAGGAACCCAAUACGGCGCGGCUACAGCUAGUGCUGCAUAUGGUGGUCAAACCGGGUACGCCGUAGCGCCCGCUGCCACUGCCGCCACUUACGGCACCCAACGAGCCGCCGCCACUGGCUAUGAUACAGCAUAUCAAGCUGCGGCUGCCACACAAGCUGCUGCACAUGCCCACGCCCACGCAGCAGUAGCAGCGGCCUCAGCAUAUGACGCCAGCAAGAGUGCGUAUUACCAACAGGCAGCUGCUGCCUACCCGACAGCGGCACCCCCACAACCACAACCUACAUAUGAUGCAUCUGCAGCUAAACCUGCAUACUCCACACCUGCGUCAUAUGCACAGGGCACAUACAGCCAGGGUGCAGCGCAAAGGGGAGCGGCUGCAGCAAAACCUGCUUACGGAGCAGUGUACAGUGCCACCACUGCCACUGCUUCCUACCCCACACAGGCAUACACUGCCACCCCGGCACAGACACAGAAACAAAUAGGCAGGAUGGUGUUGCCAACUCGUACGGGAUCAGCACUCUCAACUGCCAAAACGACAAACAGAGGGAACACCGCCUACGACACCGCGCUCUAUAACGCGGCCUCCAUGUACGUCGCGCAGCAGAGCAAGGCCGCGCCCGGCACUGGCUGGAAGAACUAUAAAACGCCGGGAACGGGUCAGCCUCGCCGCGCCAAGCCUCCGCCCAAAGCGCAACAGUUGCAUUACUGUGACGUGUGCCGCAUCUCCUGCGCCGGACCCCAGACUUACAAGGAGCACCUGGAGGGCCAGAAGCACAAGAAGAAGGAGGCGGCCGUGAAGCUGGCGGCGGCGGGCGGCGGCGCCAGCGCGGCGGGGGGCGCGCGCGGGGCGGCGGGCGGCGCGCUGCGCUGCGAGCUGUGUGACGUCACGUGCACGGGCGCCGACGCGUACGCCGCCCACGUGCGCGGCAUCAAGCAUCAGAAGGUCGUCAAGCUGCACACCAUGCUCGGGAAACCCAUCCCCUCCACGGAACCCACUAAAGUCGGCGGAGCCAAAAAGAAAGUGGCGGGCGCGCCGAAGAUCGCGUUCGUGUCGUCCGGAGGACUCCGCACUGUCGCCACCGACCCCGCCUCACCCUCCGCGCCCUCCACCGCGCCCUCCACCGCACACUCGACCCCACACUCGCCCCCAGACAAGGAAAAGGACGAGGAGAAGGAGGACGACGAUGCCGAGCCCGAGGUGCAGCCCGUGGGACAGGACUACAUUGAGGAGAUCCGGGCAGACGACGGCAAGGCGCUCUCCUUCAACUGCAAGCUCUGCGAUUGCAAGUUCAAUGACCCCAAUGCUAAGGAAAUGCACAUGAAGGGCAGAAGGCACCGACUACAGUACAAGAAGAAGGUGCAACCAGAUCUAGAGGUUAAGGUCAAACCCUCUAUGCACCAGCGUAAGUUGGCGGAGGCUAAAGCUCAACGUAUGAUGGUGAGAGAUGAACUCUGGGCCAGAAGACGCAUGCAUGAUGUAUAUGGCCAGGGUAUUGAGGAAGACGAGCGCAUGUAUUGGGAGGGGGGAAUCGAACCGUGGUGGAGAGGUCCUCAUCACCAUCAUCAUCAUCAUGGCAUGGGUAUGGGCUACGGUCGCCGGCCGGAGACAUCUGACGACCGGCACGUGCUCACCAAGCACGCCGAGAUCUAUCCGGGAGACGCGCAGCUGCAGCACAUCCACCGCGCCGUCGCCCACACCGAGCGCGCCCUCAAGUCGCUCUCCGACGCGCUCGCUGACUCCGCCAGACAAAAGACUGUGCCGGCUAAAACUAAAGUUGAUGACAAGAAAGAUGACAAGGCUGAUGGCAAAGAAGAUGGUCGUGACAAUCAGUUGUUCUCAUUCCUGGCGGAAGGCGAGCAGGCGGGUUCCACCAGCACGGCCGGCGACGCGCCCCGCGCUCUGAAGGGCGUGAUGCGCGUGGGGCUGCUCGCCAAGGGCCUGCUGCUGAAGGGCGACCGCGACGUGCAGCUGGUGGUGCUGUGCCACGACCGCCCCACCGUCACCCUGCUCAAGCGCGUCGCCGCCGACCUGCCCCACCACCUCGCCAAAGUCAAGGGCCCCGGCGACGAGCCCAAGUACAAGGUGGAGCUGCUGCCGGCCGAGGGCGCCGUGCAGGUGUCGGACGCGCACGUGGGCGUGCUCGUCAGCCUCACCUCCGCCGUGGUGCGCGAGCCCGCCGACGGGGGCGACAUAAAGCGAGACGACAAGGAUGUUCUACCGCGGCAGAAGUGUUUGGACGCGUUGGCCGCCCUUCGGCACGCCAAGUGGUUCCAGGCUAGGGCGGCCACGCUGCAGUCCUGCGUCAUCAUCAUCCGCAUCCUGCGCGACCUCUGCAGGCGCAUCCCGAACUGGACGCCGCUCAACUCAUACGCAAUGGAACUGCUGACGGCCGGCGUGGUGCAGUCCGCGGGCGCCGCUCUGUCGCCCGGCGAGGCGCUGCGGAGGCUCAUGGAGGCCGUCGCCGGCGGCCUGUUGCUCGAACACGGGCCCGGCCUGCGGGACCCCUGCGAGAAGGAACUCGUUGACGCGCUGGGCAACAUGCCGCCGCAGAAACGGGAAGAUCUGACGGCCUCAGCGCAACAGUUCUUAAGACAGAUUGCUUUCAGGCAAAUUCAUAAGGUGCUCGACAUGGAGCCGCUCCCCAAGGCGAAGCACGCGACGGGCGCCUGGAAGUUCCCGCGCAAGCGCAGGCGCUCCAACACUGACAACGAGCACGACGCGCCCAACGGUGAGGGGAAAAUAGUGAAGACAGAGGAAAAAUCAGACUGUUCGGACACCAACAAAAAGUAAUCUAUAUUGAGAAGACACGACCCACACGCUAGCAAUAACCCUUAAGUAUAGAUAGCCACACGGCACCGAUAUCGUUGGAAUCUGGUCAUGUAUAUGCCAGAUAUACAUGUAAUUUUCAAUAUUGAAUUCAUUUCCUUUUUAUAUUUUUUAUAUUAUCCAAAUUGAUGGAACACACAAGGAGCAGACUAGAGAGCUCUGAAGUGGGAGCGCUCUAAUGAGAUGACUAAGACAGAUUUCAAUGCUAUCUCUGUCGCGACAACAGUAGGAAGUAUGAAAGUAUUUGAUUUCCUUGAGAAAGUAAAGAUGUGAAGUUGCACAUGCCUGCCCGAGGCAACAUGUGUGAAGUUUUAUUUACGUUCUCGUUGAGUUGUGUGAUCUGGUUGGGCACCGGCUUUAUUGUCUCAUUUACUAAUGUUUCAAUCUCGUUCAAUAAGACGAAAGCUGUCCAAAAACUUCACUCAGUGUUGGGCGUCCGGUCCGUCAAUGAUUUGUGGUCUUAAUUAAGUAUUAGAAUCUUAUUCAAUAUAAUAUAUUGUAGAAUUAGUGUAUGUGAAUGUGAGACAGGGAUACGUAGGGCGGGGCGCCGGCGAAUGUAAUGGAAUUGUAUAGUUUGGACGAGUAGGGCUCUCGAGUUAACUUUAGUACAGUAUUCUGACCAAGUUUAGUUCCUCACGGCAGGGCCCGCGGGCCGCAGCAGUGAUUUGUUUUUGUCUUAUUUAGCUUAAGGUGUGCGAAUACAGCUUGUAUUCGACUAUUUGAAGAUUGUCCUCAAUAGAAAACUUUGUCUUUGGGAUGAGUGUCGUUAUUGUGCAGUGCGAGCUGCAAGUUUGUACUCGCUGACAGUCGCCAGUCGCUUCUGGUGCAGCAGAAACUCAAAAAAUUGAUGAGACUUUAAUUUCACAAAUUAGUUGGUUUUGUAGAAGUUUGUCGAGCGGCAAAUGUUCUGCCGAGGACGGAGAGAGGUCGGCACAUUGUCACGGAGUAAUGUGAACUAUUUCAUGUUUCUUACGUUUUCUUUUGUAUAGAAUAAUCUAUUCAGAGAUAAUAAAGAUAAAUGACUAUA